AACUCUCGCGACAACAUAAAGCAACGGGGAAGGAAGACUAGAGUAGUGUUGUUUGUUUAGGUGUUCGCAGACAAAAUGGGCACUCUUUCCUGCUUUGUCUUUAUUCUAGAAUUGUUCGCGCUGCUGGCGUGCACAUCGGCGUCCACCAAUGUGUUCGGUAGCGUCCUGGGAAACACCGCAUCUUGUCAUAAGUCGUGUGAAAUGACAUACAGUUUGCACACGUAUCCACGGGAGGAGGAGCUCUACGCCUGUCAGAGAGGAUGCCGUCUCUUCUCCAUUUGUCAGUUCGUUCGAGACAGCGACGAUCUGAACCAGACUAAAACCGAUUGUGAAUCGACCUGUCAUGAAGCCUACACCCAUUCAGAUGAGCAGUUUGCAUGCAACCUGGGCUGUCAGAACCAGCUGCCAUUUGCUGAGCAGCGGCAUGAGCAGUUGGAGGCGAUGAUGCCCAGGAUUCACCUGCUUUACCCCCUGACCCUGGUCAGAGGAUUUUGGGAUGAUGUAAUGAGUCAAGCUCACAGCUUUGUCACUUCCACAUGGACAUUCUACCUCCAGGCUGAUGAUGGCAAAGUUGUCAUUUUCCAGACUGAACCACAAAUCAAGUUUUUCUCACAGUUUGGAAUGGAAAAGGAAAUUAAAGAGGAGCCUCAAAACAACUUCCCUGGGCCGGUUUACAAAGAAUACCAGCGCACUUUAAUCCAGGAGAGGGACAGAGAUAUGUACGGUGACCGUAGCUAUGAGGAUGAUUACAACCUCUUCAGCUGUCUCUCACGGAACCCAUGGCUGCCAGGGUGGAUCCUGACCACAACUCUAAUCCUGUCUGUAUUGGUCCUGAUUUGGAUCUGUUGUGCAACUGUGGCGACUGCUGUAGACCAGUAUGUACCUGCUGAGAAAUUGAGCAUCUAUGGUGAUAUGGAAUACAUUAAGAAAGACAAACUGACUCCAUAUCCGGCAUCUUCCCUCCUGAUCAUCACCUCCAAAGGACUAGAUGAAGAAGCUGGGCCACUACCCUCCAAAGUGAACCUGGGCCAGUCUGAUAUUUAGAAGCCAAAGCUGUAGCAGAGAAGUGACAUCCUCCUUUAUGAAUAAUCUUUAGUUGAUUUUUAUCCACUGGCACAAGAUCUGUUACAGGUCUGAACUUGCAGAAUAACUUGUAUUUCUAAUAUGUGUUCUGAUUGUCUCCCUUUUUGAAGCAUUUGCAUUUGGAGUGGGUUUUUUGUAUAUUGGUGUAUUGAGGCAUUAUAUUUUAGUGCAAUGCGAAUCAAACUGGUUUGGGAUUUUUUUCUGGCAUGUGCAUUAGCUCUUUACUGGUCUUUUUGUUUUAUUAAAUGAAGGUAAAAUUAACUAUUUGUGACUCUAAGUGAUACAGGUUUCUCCCAAAUCCUCAACCUUUGCUAAAAUUGAUUGUGCAAAUAUUUCAGACUAUUGUUUGUUCUGUUUCAUUGGUACGAUGAAGCAUAGGGACAGUACACACAGUGGGUCUGUCCUGCUUAGAAGGGACUGGUACAGUAAACCAGUACACACAGUAGCUCUUUCCUACUUAACUGUUGUCUGUUUUAAAUAUGGAUCAAAAUUAAACACACAAUGGACAGAA